GGGCGGCGCUUCCGGGGCGGGCAGCCGGGCCAAGGGAGGAGGGUCUGACAGUUGGCGCCGCCGGGAGGGCGGGCAGGUGGGCAGGUGGGUGGUGCGAGUGGGCGCGUGCCCAGAGGGCCAGAAAGUCAGCGCUGGAGAUGGGCUUUUAAUGGUGGCGAGAGGAAAUUGAGUCCAGCAGGGAAUUCUGCGGCUGUGGUGGGAGGAUACCAGUACGUAAAGGCGUCUAGCUCCAGGGAGCAGCGUCAAGGCCAGGGCCACAAUGGUCUCAGUGACAAUGGCCACUUCCGAGUGGAUCCAGUUCUUUAAGGAAGCCGGCAUUCCUCCAGGACCUGCUGUCAAUUAUGCCGUGAUGUUUGUGGAUAAUAGGAUCCAGAAGAGCAUGCUGCUGGACCUCAACAAGGAGAUCAUGAAUGAGCUGGGCGUGACCGUGGUGGGUGACAUCAUCGCCAUCCUCAAGCAUGCUAAGGUGGUGCACCGCCAGGACAUGUGCAAAGCUGCCACUGAGUCGGUGCCCUGUGGCCCCAGUCCCCUCCCAGGCGAGACUCGCCGAGGCACCUCUAGCGCUGCCUCCCGAAUGAUCACCAACAGCCUGAACCGUGACUCCCCACCCGGCACUCCCCCCAGGCGGCCAGACACCAGCACCUCCAAGAUCUCUGUCACUGUGCCCAAUAAGAUGGCAGCAAAGAGCGCCAAGGCCGCUGCAGCCCUGGCCCGCUGCGAAGAGGAGAGCCUGGCCGUGCCCACCAAGCGGCGCCGGGUCACUGCCGAGAUGGAGGGCAAGUACAUCAUCAACAUGCCCAAAGGCACCACCCCCCGGACCCGGAAGAUCCUGGAGCAGCAGCAGGCGGCGAAAGGUCUCCACAGGACGUCCGUGUUUGACCGCCUCGGCGCCGAGACCAAGGCAGACACGACGACAGGGAAUAAACCCACAGGAGUCUUCAGCCGCCUGGGGGCCACCCCAGAGAUGGAUGAGGAUCUGGCUUGGGACAGUGACAAUGACAGCAGCAGCUCUGUCCUGCAGUAUGCCGGGGUCCUGAAGAAGCUAGGCCGGGCCCCAGCCAAAGCCAGUCACCAACCCACACUGACUGUCAAAGCCAAGGCCACCAGCUCAGCACCAACGGCUGCCACCCCGACGCUGCGGCGCCUGGCCCUCUCCUCGCGACCCGGGCUGGAGAAGAAGCCAGAGCCCCUGUCCAAAGUCAGCGUCAUCCAGAGACUGGGCAAGACUGCCCUUGUGCCUGAGGCCCAGGAUAGCCAGGUCACGAGCACCAAGAGUAAGUCUUCGGCCGAGGUCAAAGUCACCAUUAAGAGGACUCUGGUGGGGCCCCGGGGGAACAGCUCCAGCGAGGGCCUUGGUGCCCAGAUGGACCACGCGGGCACUGUGAGCGUGUUCAAAAGACUGGGCCGCAGGACCUUCUAGCCCACGGGCGGGGCGCAGGCCCCUCUCCAGACUCCUGGCUCGCUCAGAGUCUUCAGCAGGGGGCGCCACCCCCCCCGCUGGCUUCUGGGUGACACUGCUUGUCUCCCUCAGGCAUUCUGCCCGCCUGAGCUUUCUGGGCAGGUGCUCGGUUUCUCUGAGUCUGAAAGGGUCCUGGAGGCCCGGCCUUGCUGCUCUGGGAUUUUCCCUUCUCUCCGGUCCUCCGUUCUCUCCUCUCUGACCUUGGCCUUGGCAGGACUCACUCCCCUUUCUACCUGUCCAAGCGCCAGACGCCCUUUUCCUCUCCCCCUCUCCCCACCCGCCCCCUCAGCAGCAUCCGCUGCCUCAGAUCCCACCUCCUGGGCCUCCCUGUCCCCAGAGUGGGUGUCACCUGCGGGAGCUCCCUUACCCCGGCCUCUGACUCCCCAACUUCCUCUCCUCACUCCUCUGCCCCCACCCCCUGCUCUAACGUCCAUCUUCCCUCUCUUCACUCUGUUCAUUUCUUUUCUGCUUUCCGUCCCCGUGGCAAGGCCCGACUCUCCGCUGCGUCCUGCCUGGCGCUCCUGCACCUCCGGCCUCCCAGCGGCCCCCUCGUCGGCGGUGGCGUCGAGCCUGUAGAGACUGUUAGCCGCCCGCACUCCCAGGCUGGAGGGACCACCCCAGGCCCUGGGCUGCAGCUGGGGCACCUGCCUGGGCACCUUUUCCCCUGAAAGGCUUGGCAGGUAGUGGGGAAGGGGCACUGAGAAGGGAGGCCAGCGCCGAGAGUGAAGAAAACCGCUGUUUUAAUAUAUUUUUGUCUUUGAAA